CGUUUUCUUGUAUAAUGGCAUCAAUUGUCGCGUUGUCGAUAUGCCGGGUUUCAGUGAUGUGAGAAAGGAUGGCCAGAAGGCCAUCAACGACUCCACCAUACACCGAUGGAUUCUCGAGCAAGUUAGCAAGAGUGAAGUUGUUGGCGUUGUCAUGUUUGUCACUCAAGAUGACGUGCUGAACUCUCGACUUAGUAGAGAAGUCAUCGCCCUCAUGGAAAUCAUGACUACUCGAUUUGUUGGAUACGAAUCCAUGUGCUUCUAUGCUAUUUCUGGUCGAAGCAUGCCUGGAGAUAUGCAUGAAUUUAUCCGCAUGUCUCUGGGUGUCGUUGCUUCCGGAAAGCUCCGCGUUAUGGGCUUGAGUUCCGACAACUGGGCUCGCUGCAAGAACAAGGACUUUUCCAGGGUCAAAAGCUGGUGUUUGCAGAGGCUCCAGAGCCCUGAGCCACGCCUCGUUCCCAGAGUAACCACAGACACCUGCAAGCGCUGUGGAAUCAAGGCCGACCCCCUCAUCGAAAUUAGUCAAUGCCAAUAUCAUGGUUCUUCUGGGUCGCUCAUCCAUGGCAACAAAACUCACAAAAAACAUCGCCUUCCUGUUUCAAACGCCCAUUUCGGAACUUGGAGAACUGAUCCCACAAACAUGUGUCGCGGACCCUGGUCCUGCUGUGGCUCAAGAAAAAAAGAAAGCCCUUGCAGAUAUAUGACAUAUCCAUGCUGUCGACAAGCGUCUGAUGAUGCUGGAUGUCUUGAAAUCUGCAACAAUUGCGAAAGACAAGUCACCACAGAGGGGUGCCAAGGAAGCUGCCGAAAUUGUGAAAAACCCAUGGUUCAUCAAGGUUGCCAGAGAGAACCAUCUCAUUCAUGGAAGGGAGAGAUUGUCCCAUUUAAAAUCAAUAUCGAGGAAAGUCAAGACCUCCCUGUGAUUGAUGAAGAGGAUUUUGAACGAUUCUACGAUGACUAUGGUGAAACGGAAGGGGCUGAUAUGUAUGCUCACGCAACCUUUAUGUUCGGCGAAUUCGCUCGAAAAGUGGUCUCUGGAUUUUCCUCUCGGCGCUGAAUGAGGAGAAUGAAGUGAAUUCCAAAUGAAUGGACCAAUCAUCCUUUGAAUAGGAAAGUUCAACCCUUAGCCUUCCGCACCCUUUGCAAAUAUGUCAUAGGCGCAACUUUUUGCAUCUCAUGCCUUGAGUUUAUGGUCUUUUUCUUUCUCUACCCAACUUCUCCCUUUGUGCGACCGGCUUCCGUUGGCAAAAUUGGUCACCUACUUGAUCGGUCGCCUCAAACCGAAACUUACGCCCUUAUCACACUGAGGUCGGCCAUUAUUUCGGCCUUGCCAAGUUAAAGCUUAUCCGCUGAAAGUCCUGUUUGCUUGCAAGGAUCCUUGUUAGCCCACUUAACAGCUCUCCUACAGAGAUUUUAAAUCGGAGCCCUAAGUGAAUCAGCACAAAUAAAGACGAUCAAUAUCCCUGA